CUAAAGGGUAAAUAAGUUUAUUUGAUACAAUCACAUAAAUCCCCCAUUCUCUUCCCCUUCUCCCGAGUUCCAACCCAACGCCCAACACAAGGGUCGUUUUUGCACAAACCUUCCCUCGUAUAAAUUUUCAACAAAUUCAACGACAAUACUUGAAAAAAUGACCUGAAUGUGCAAAAAAUUUCCCCAAAAUUUAAAACUCAAACAAAAUUUUCAAAAACUCAAAACAAUAAAUUUCAUCGCUAAAUAACGAUAUUUAGCAACAUUUUGGUGACAUUGUCUCAUAUAAGUGUUUCUCCACCGCCUCCCCUGUAGAACACACAACAAAGUCCAACCUUGCAACCCAACAAUUCUUUUGCAUUUGUGAUAUUUCCUAUCCCCAAAAACCCAAAUAAAAAAAUAAUAAAAGAAUAAAUUAUUGCCUUGUUAUCAGCUCACCGGCUUCUUUAAGUUUGAACAGAUCAACUCCUCCCCAUAUAACAUCUUCACAUCUAUCCCGUGAGACGUGAUCUUCUCUUCUACUUCCCUCCUUUGACACCUUACAAUUUCCUCCAUCUUUAAUCCUAUUUUUUUUUUUAAAAAAAAUAAAAAAGAAAACUCGAAAAUAGGACAUCUCUCAAAUUUAUAGCCAUAAAAAAAUAUAUAGAGUUUCCACAAAAAUAGCAAUGGCAACCUGUGGAAGCUUAAGACACAUCUUUGAGAACACAAUUGUACCAGAAAACAACCACUCCUCUUCCUCUACCUCUACCUCUUCCUUGAUAGACUCUCUCUCUCCUUGGAAUCAUAUCAAAACUAUCAAACCACAUCCUGAUCACUCUUUCACUGAGAUUUUCGGCGAGCUUCAUUUCAAAGAAACCCAUCCCAACCCCACAUCGUCAUCACUGUCGUCGUUUUUCCCACCACCGUCGUUGUCCUCAUCAUCAUCAGUACCAGCAGCAUUUCCUAUUGACUUAGUUAAUUCAGGUAGUUCUGUUAUAGACAAACAGCAGGAUGAGAAGAGUUAUUCGUCUAAUGAUGGGUAUUCGCGAGCACCAUACCAUCGGAAGAGCGAAAGUUUCUCGUCUCUGAACUCUGACAGCCUGCAGUUGUGCACUGAAGGGCUCGGUUCUGAGAGCUUGGGUGAUGUGGAAGAUUUGUUAAUGGAGGUUCAGAACACAAAGAGUCAUGAUGAUGAAAAAGUGCUUGUCAGAAGACAUUCAAGUGAUUGUUACUGCAGGAAGAUGAGAGUUAACGAAAAGACCAUGUUCCCUCCGCCUAUACCUUACAUUGGACAGGCAGGAAAACCCUCUGUUUCUUUUCAGUCUUACAGACAAGAUGGGAGAUUUGUGUUGAAGGAGGUUAGGAUACCCACACAUGAGUGUCUUCAAGCUAGUAGGGAAGAUGGACGGCUUCGUUUAAGCAUUGUCCAACCAGGCAAUGAUGAAGAAGAAGAAGAAGAAGAAGAAGAAGAUGAUGAAGAUGAUGAUGACAUCGCUGCUGAUGACGAUGAUAUUGUUGUUGAGGGUGAUGAUGGCGGAGAAGGAGAGAUGGAUGAUAUUGAAAGGAUAGAAGAUGGUGUAGAAGAAGAGACACAGAUAAGAGAUGGUGUUAAAGGAGGAAGAUGAAGUUAUUACAGUUAGGGAUGAUUUUGUGAGAAAUUCGUAAGGUCUUGCUUGCAGCCUGCCGGAGUCAAUAGGUUUCAAAAUUUGUGUUCUUUCCCUCUGUUCAGAUUUACUAAACAAGAGGAUAGCAGCAACAAUAAUUGAUCCUCUUCAUUAGUACUGUAGUUUUUGUACACUAACCCUUAUUACUACAAUUCUAUAAUGCUAACCUAGAUGAAACUGAAAGUAUUAAAAUAAAGCUGAAAGACAGAUGAUAUUUCAGACA